AUGAAGAAGGCAAGUCAUCGAGGUUUUUGUUCAUUAUGUCGCAAAGAAAGAGACACGUUCACUUGUCGCGGAUGUCGAAAAGAAUUCUGCUUGUCACAUCUCCAAGAGCAUCGACGAACGUUGAACGAACAGCUAGACAAACUCACGGAUAAUCAUAGUUCAUUGCGACAAAUACUCAUAGAACUUCAACUACCUGCUGCACGAAACUCACCAGUGAUCAAACAAGGCGAUCAAUGGGAAGAUAAAUGCUUGAGAAUCAUCGGGAAAGCAGCUGGAAAACUGAAACAGAUCCGUGACGAACAUGAUUUCAACGAAGUCGAUCUGGAACAAUUGACCAAACAAGUAACACAAAUGCAUGAGUACCUCAAUCAAGCACCGAGCCAUUUAAUUCAUAAACAUGCGCAGACGGUGAUUAGCAAAAUUCAAGCCGCCUCCGUCAUUCAUCAAGAAAAAAAAGAAUCAAAACGUCGCACAUGGAAAGAAGAAGGUACCAUCGUCGCAGGAGGCAAUCAGCAAGGUGAACUGGAAGACCAGCUCUCCGGUCCUGAAGGUAUUUACAUCGAUGAAGAUAAAAAUAUCUACAUCGCCGAUCUUCCCAAUCAUCGUAUUGUACGAUGGGACUGCGGAGCGGACAGCGCAACUGUCGUUGCUGGUGGUAAUGGACAAGGAUAUGCAGUGGAUCAAUUGAAUUGUCCUACAGAUGUGGUGAUGGAUAAGGAAACUCAGUCACUUAUCAUUGCUGAUGCCGGAAACCGACGAGUGAUACGAUGGAACGGUGAAGAUUCCACCGAUCCCGAAAUUCUUAUAGACAAUAUUGAUUGCUGGGGUUUAGCAAUGGACAACGAAGGAUUUCUAUAUGUUUCGGAUCGAGAAAAUCACGAAGUGAGACGAGGCAAACCUGGAGACGCGGAAGGCACACUGGUGGCUGGUGGAAAUGGUCAAGGAUCGCGCCAAAUGCAACUCAAUUGUCCCACUUAUCUGUUUGUCGAUGCUCAACAAUCGGUGUAUGUCACAGAUCGAGACAAUCAUCGCGUGAUGAAAUGGACAAAGGGUGCGAGCGAAGGUCUGUCUGUCGCAGGUGGAAAUGGCAAAGGCAACAAACUCAAUCAAUUGGCUUUUCCUGCCGGAGUGUUCGUUGAUCCAACGGGACAAGUCUACGUGGCCGAUGCGGGCAAUGGUCGAAUCAUCCUUGGACAUGAAGGCGAAAGAAGCGGUGAGAUCAUCGUCGGUAGUAAUCAAGAAGGACAAGAAGCACAUCAACUGUUCGGUCCUAAAGGUUUAACCUGUGAUACGGACGGUAAUCUCUAUGUAGCUGAUAGUUGGAAUGCUCGAGUACAAAGAUUUGACUUGAUUAUGUCUUCAAAAGUUUUUGUAUUGAGUUGA